UUCUUCAAAAACCCACCGCACCAGGGAGAGAGAGAUACAGAGCAUACCGCACGGGAUUAGAGAGAGAGAGAGAGCAGCGAUAGAAUGGGAGAGAGAGGAGCGGCGGUGAUGGCGGAAUGACCAUUGUCUCCCGCCGACCAUCCUCUUGGCCUUUGGUCAGACCACCGGUGGUGGGUUGUGGUGGUUUGGACGCGUGAAACGAUGGUAGAAGGCGGUGGUGAACGAGGGUUAAGCGUCAUAGUAUGACGACAAUAAUGUUAUCGGUGGUAGAAGCCGACAAUGACGGCUGUGGGUUCUGGGGUCCCGUCGUCGAUUCAGAUCAACAGCCGAAACCCUAGGGUUACAGUGAACGCGAAUGUAGCAACGACGAGGCAACGCCGGCUGAUCCGACGACGACAAAGCUUGAGGCGAAAGUUGUCAAAAUUUUGUCUUCUUUCGAGAUUCAACACAUUAGUGGAUAUGGUCAAAUGGUUGAUAAUUGUUGCUGUCAUGGAGCAGUCGUUGGAUUUUGCUCUUUGUUGUUUGGAGAAGUCAGUUGCUAACUGUGAUAGUUUAAGUUUUAUUCAGGUCCAACGGCCUUUUCUACUUCGUUGGUGAUAGCUGCAAACCCUCAGAUUUUUGGGUCGGGUAACAGCCCCGCCCCCACAGUCAAGGCGCCCAACCCAACAACACCAGCCCAAAAAGGAAACAUCGAAGCCUCAGCAAAGUGGCAGCUGCAGUUCUCUGAUUCACAACCACCACCAAAAAGGCCGGGUAAAGGUGGAAUGGACGACUAAAAGCUUAACCAUAGACAUACCUUUUGUCCACCUAAAGAAACAAGUCACGGUGAAAUGGCAGCCUACAUCCAAAAAGCACCAAACAAGUACAUCACCUGCUGCGUAUAUAAGUAGCCACGACGGCUUUCCUUAGGAAAACUUGUAAUUAACAUUAUACGUAUGCUACUGACUUCAACAUGUAUCUCUAGAUGUCCUAAAUUUUGUUAGCCGCGUCUAUACGCGACAUUAUAAUCUCUAUGCGCGACACUAUAGUCGAUGAAUGAUAAUGUUAUUAACAUGA